CUCGAGUAACAAAGGGGUUGAGAAGUAAAAGGGUAAGGGGAUGCUGUACGAGGACCGAGCGAGGACGAGGACAGUAGACGCCGGGACGGCGCCGGUUUCGUCCCUAUCAAGCGUUGGCAGCGCCGUGAGCGAGCCUCAAGCAAUAAACCCCGCCGAACAUGCUCAAAUACUAAACACGAAUCAUAUCAAGCCGGAUUUCACGUCGACGUCCAGUUGAUCAUGGAUUACAUCGUCAGCCUUUACGGGUGCAUGUUCCUCGUCGGAGUCCUCGCCAACGGCACCUUGGGUCUGGCACUCUGCACCGGUCCUGGUGCCAAAAGUCGGAGUCCUCUUCUACUGGGUUUGGUAGCGGCCGAUUUUUGUGUUUGUUGUCUUAGUGGGCCUAUCACAGCUGCUCUUUAUACCAUCACUACGUGGACGCAAUCUUGGUCUAAUAUCGCAAUCUUUUUGCAGGCUUGGCCAAUAUCGUCCUGUACUCUUUCAAUGAUGUCGUUAUCCAUUGAUAGAUACUUGACUGUAAAAAAUUAUAAACCAGCUGGACAGGUGGUCAGAAGAAGACCUCUUCUGUUAACCGUUGUUUUAGUAACAUGGCUUUCUGCGGCGUUAUUUUCCGGUCUCCAAUUUGCAGAACGUAAUCCGUGGCGGAGGAGCUUUCUAAUGGUUCGGGUUACUUUCGUACACAUAGUUCCCGCGUGUACCGUUUUGGCAUGUCAUCUUGGUGUCCACGCGAAAUUAACGGCACUUUCAUUAACCGCCAGAGCGAAACAUGGAGAGCUACCACUUCCUAUGCCAUUAUUGAGGAGGCCAACUCAUGUUAUUAUUGUUGCAGGAAUUUCAAAUCGCCUAGAAUCAGAGCCUAGAAAUGGAACAUCAAAAACAGACAACGAACCUGAAGAAAUAACUCAACCGCCAACGAGUACAUUGCGAAGUCGGCGGCGGUUAGCGAACGCAAUGUUAUGGAUAUCGAUAGUAUUCGCAUUGUGUUGGUUGCCACACGUGGUUUGUUUGAUUUUGGAGGAUGUUCACGGAUCGCCACCAAUGAUAAUAAAGCGUUAUUGUUUGUUCCUGGGUCAUGUCCAUUCAGCCUUAAGUCCGAUCAUGUAUUGGACGCUCAACCAUCAGUGGUUACAACGGCCGUGCAAAUUUCGAUUGCCCAGUUUGUAUAGAAGCGCCUCAUCGACCAACGAAGCGGCCCUAGGACCAUUCCACCCUCGAUUGGUGCGUCCACCUCCAAUCAGGAGAAGAAGCUCGCACUAUUUAUAUUGACUGUGAUCAGUUAUUAUAUUUUUAUUCAGUUAUUAAUAUCAAAAUUAUUUCAAAA